GAAGAGAUUAAGAAAUUUUUUUAAUCACCAAAAGAAUUGGGGCUUCAGCAAGUAAAAUAUAUCAUUAAAAGUAGAAGAAAAAUGGAAUCUCCUCCGAAAACACCACCUAGUAGUGGACGUUUAUCUUUGGGAUCUUCUUUGAUGGAUAAUCUUUUGGGUCUAUUGAGAGUGAAAGUAAUUAGAGGGAUAAAUCUUGCGGUUAGAGAUGUUCGAACAAGCGAUCCUUAUGUUGUUAUCAAGAUGGGAAAACAGAAGCUGAAGACUCGUGUCAUUAAGAAAGAUGUGAACCCCGAAUGGAAUGAAGAUCUCACCCUUUCUGUUUCAGAUCCCAGUUUACCUAUUCAGCUGACUGUUUACGACCAUGACAUGUUUAGUAAAGAUGAUAAAAUGGGGGAAGCAGAAUUUGACAUCAAGCCCUUCAUAGACGCCUUGAAGAUGAACUUAGAUAAUCUACCAGGUGGAACUUUAAUAUCAAGAGUUCAACCUUGUAGACAAAAUUGUUUAGCCGAAGAAAGUCAUAUUAUUUGGACAGAUUCAAGGGUCAUUCAAAACUUUUGCUUGAGAUUAAAAAAUGUUGAGUGCGGGGAAGUGGAACUACAAUUGCAAUGGAUCGAUCUCCCAGGUUGCAAAGGAAUUUAAGAAUUUUUGCGACACAAAGCAUUGAUGUAUCAAUCAGAUUUGAUAUGAUAUGUAUGUUAUAAUGCACGUAAGACACCCCCCCACCCAAAGUAUGAUAGGCUCAUUUCCUUACAAAAUUAAAAUAUUUUAUCUAAAUAAAUUUACAGUACCUUUUUUGAA